AGGAAAGGAAUGUAGAGGAAGACUCACCUGGGAGCUUGCAGGAAUACCGUGUUGCGCUCUGAAAACUUGAAAAGAAGAUGAAGGAAUUCCGAAGUAGUUUUCUCAGAUUCGUAGUUGCGCAAAAUAUAAUUUGACGGAGAUACAAUGUACACAUCCGAACGCAGGCGAAUGAGCCUGCACGAGAUCAAAAGAAAGGAUCCUGUUAGAGUUUCGGCUGGAAGUCUAUGGCAGGACCCGUUGGCAAUUGAACUCAGUAACACCUCCUCGGGUAAAAAUAUAAUUUCGCCUCGAAGUCGGACGAGGGCACUGGCUGUUGUCUACAUUGUCGUUGAACAUGCUUCAGUACCUCAAACAGAAGAAAAUCUUUCUCUGAAAUGCCUUACAGAGGCGUGCGCUGACACACAUGCUGUGUUGAAAACUAUUCCUUUUGAUAGAAUAGCACUGGGGACAACUGAUGUUUUGGACAACUUUUACAACGCAGAUGUUGCAGUGGUGGAGAUGAGUGAAUCAUUUUGUCAGCCCUCCCUUUUCUACCACCUGGGCGUGAGGGAGAGUUUCAAUAUGACGAACAACAUCAUUCUGUAUUGUAAUAAGCAGGAGAAUGACCUGCAACCCCUCAAGGAGCAAUGUGGGAGCUACACCUUCAUCCCAUACAUGGUGUCCCCCCAGGGGAAGGUGUUUGCCAGUGAUGCUUCCACCAUGAAGGGGAUCCAGGACCUCAUGCAGCCCAGCUUCAAACUGGAACCACUGCUCACUCCUCUGGUGGACAGACUGGUCCAGAUGCUGGAGAAUGUCCAAAUCCAUUCCAGUGAGUACUUCCGGGAGUCGAUCCGACGGGAGAUCCGUCUGGCCCGUGAGCGCUUCACGGGCCAGGAGCUGAGUCAGGAGCUGGGUCACAUCCAGAAUAGGCUGGACACUGUGGAGCUCCUAACCCCCGACAUUGUCAUCAACUUGCUGCUCUCCUACAGGGAUGUCCAGGACUACGAUGCCAUAAUUAAACUGGUGGAAACCCUGAAUACCCUCCCGUCGUGUCAAGUUGCUGCUCAGCAAAACAUUCAGUUUCAUUACAUAUUUGCACUCAACAGGAGGAAUCGCCCAGGCGACCGUGCCAAGGCCCUGGCAGUCAUUCUGCCCAUUGUGGAGUCAGGGAACAAGGUGGCAUCUGACGUGCACUGUUUGUGUGGACGCGUCUACAAAGACAUGUUCAUGAGCUCGGGAUUCACCAACAAAUUCAGUCGGGACCAGGCCUGCUACUGGUAUGGGCGAGCGUUUGAGGCUGAGCCCACACUACACUCUGGCAUCAACAGUUUGGUGCUCCUGAUGGCUGCAGGUCAUCAAUACGACACAUCUGCUGAGCUGCGCAAAAUCGGUGUAACAAUAAGCAGUCUACUGGGCAGGAAAGGGAGUUUGGAGAAGAUGCAGAACUACUGGGAUGUCGGUUUCUACCUUGGAGCGAGCAUCCUCACCAAUGAACACAAGAAGGUCAUUGAAGCCUCUGAGAAGCUUUAUCGACUCAAGGCGCCAAUUUGGUUUGUGGCUUCAAUCAUGGAGACAUUCAUCCUGUACAAACAGUUUGCCAAACCUCCGGAGGUCAGACAUCCAAAGCAGGAGACGGUGGACUUCUGGAUGGAGCUGAUGGUCCAGACCUGCAAACCCACAGUGUCCACCGCCCGCUGCCCUGUUCUAAUUCUGGAGCCCAGUAAGGUGUUCCAGCCCACCAUCGUCAGCGUGAGCGAAGAGGACGACAGCCGCACCGUGCAGUUGCAGCAUGUCACCCCCAUGACGAAAGGUCUCCACGAAUGGACUUUCCCAGCCUCUGAUAUCAGGGGAGUAAGUGUUUCCAAGUUCGACGAGCGGAGUUGUUUCCUCUAUGUUCACUACAACUCGGAUGACUUCCAGCUGUGUUUUCCCAGCGACGCACAUUGUAAAGGGUUCUGUGAGCUGGUGAACUCGCUGCGGCAGCAGGCCAUCGCACCUGUGGAGGAGCCGUGCCCACUGAGCAGAGGCGUGUUAGAGUACAUCUAUGAGACGAGUGAAAAUGGUGGUAAAGUGGUUCUGGGCAAAGGGACAUAUGGCGUUGUGUAUGCUGGCAGAGACCUGAGCAACCAGGUGCGCAUCGCCAUUAAAGAGAUCCCUGAAAAGGACAGCACUUAUUCUCAGCCCCUGCAUGAGGAGAUAGCCCUGCACAAGAGGCUGAAGCACAGGAACAUAGUGCAAUAUCUGGGCUCUGUCAGCGAAGACGGAUACAUCAAGAUAUUCAUGGAGGAGGUACCAGGAGGAAGCUUGUCCUCCCUCUUGCGGUCAAAGUGGGGGCCCCUGAAGGACAACGAGGCCACGGUAGUUUUCUACACCAAGCAGAUCCUGGAGGGGCUGAAGUACCUGCAUGAUAACCAGAUAGUGCACAGAGAUAUCAAGGGAGAUAAUGUCCUCAUUAACACAUACAGUGGAGUUCUGAAGAUCUCUGACUUUGGGACAUCCAAACGGCUCGCUGGAAUUAACCCCUGCACAGAAACAUUUACAGGAACCCUACAGUACAUGGCUCCAGAGAUCAUAGACCAGGGACCCCGGGGCUACGGCAAGCCAGCUGACAUCUGGUCCUUGGGCUGCACCAUUAUUGAGAUGGCCACAGGGAAACCCCCCUUUCAUGAGCUGGGCAGUCCGCAGGCCGCCAUGUUUAAGGUCGGUAUGUUUAAGAUCCACCCGAACGUGCCAGAGUGCAUGUCUGACGAGGCCAAAGGUUUCAUCAUGAGCUGCUUCAAGCCAGAACCAGACAAGCGAGCCGAGGCCUCAGAGCUCCUGAAGGACACCUUCCUCAAGGUCAGCCACCGCAAGAGAACCAAACAGGAGGCCAUCCAGAGGGAGACCACAGUAGCAGACUACCACAGGAGUAUGUCCGUACCCAUCACGGUGCACGUGGAGGAUGUGGACGCAGAGCCCUUUGAUCUGUCCUGCUCUUUGGACAUGCGGCGGACCAUGUCAGUCCUCAGGAUGGACGACAUCGCAGAGAGCCCACCCAGCACCAUCGGAUUCCUCCCGGUGCCGGAGGAGCCGUCGGGCGAUCUGAUUAGCCCGUCCGGUACGGGAGAGAACCUGGGUCUGUUCCUACUGCGGAAGGACAGUGAGAGGAGGGCCACUCUGCACCGGGUGCUGACGGAGUACAUCGACAGGGUGGUGCUCUACGUACAGGACACACUGCCCAAGUCUGACCAUCAAUCCCUCACUGCGGAGCACAUCUCUGAGCUGAUUGGCUGUUUGAGGGAGAACAUCCGUUCACCCGACAAGAAGCACCUGACCAACAGCCUGUUGAAGCUGCGCAGCACCCUGCUCAAUGAUGCAGUACCACUCAACAACCUGCAGACGGUGCUCUUCAGCUUCCAGGAUGCUGUGAAGAAGGUGUUGCGGCAGCAGCAGGUGAAGCCCCACUGGAUGUUUGCCCUUGACAACCUCCUGAGACAGGCGGUGCAGGAUGCCAUCACUGUGCUCCUACCAGAGCUGAAGCUGCAACUGCAGUCCUCCUUCGAGGCGGACGAGCGAAGCGAAUCCCCUGAGGCGGAGACCCAGACCCCCACCAACACAAACGCCCAGCAGGACCUCCCGGGCUCCCCAGUGCCCCAGGAUGAGGAGCAGCCCGCGGGGGAGAACACGACCAGCGCCUGCCUCCUCACCAAGCUCCAGGAUGGCAGCUCUCCUCUGGCCAGAGAACUCAGCCAGCUCAGGCUGGAGACCAGGAGACUGCUGACCCUGCUGAGUGAGAAGGAGCGGGAGUAUCAGGAGCUCCUCAGGGACACAGUGGAGAAUAAACAGAAGCAGAUUGAUACCAUCAGAGAUGGCCAAACGGCACCCUCCUCAGAGAAAAGUUCUGAGAACAGCGGACUUGUGCGCUGGUUGAAAUGCAUUCCUGUGGACCAGGACAGCAUAGAUACUCUUGUGUCUCACAAGUUCACAUUGGAUAGUCUGCUCCAAAUAGCCUCCAGAGAUGACCUCAAGUAUUGCAACUUAAAGGGGGGCAUGCUGUGUCGGAUCUGGGCUGCCGUGUCCAAACAAAGACGGUCUCGCCUCAGCACCCACGUUGAGGAGGACGACACCAUCCUCUGAACACCAGCGUCUACACUACGUCCUGCAGUGUCUCUGUGGGUGGUGCUCGCACAUCUACAUGCUUCUUGGCUGGUCCAGAAAGAAUGAUAUGGGUCUGUUAAAAGAAAACAAACACUGGGUCUCCUUUAUGAGGAUGAAACCCUUCUCUAAACAGUGUCCACACCAGGGCCUAGGUGAUGGUUUUCUGUAUGUUUAUUGGCCGGUCUAGUAACAAUGACAUGGUUCUGUUAAAAGAAACAAACAAAAACACUCUGGGUCUCUUUCAUGAAUCAGAAUGAUUCAUUUUGUAUAAAUUGUUGGGGGGGGGGGGGGGGAAUCCCUUUUGUAUUUGUGAGUGAAUGUGAUCUGGAUCUUCAGUGAGGGUCAUAGUUGAAAAUGGUCCUUGGAAAUAUCUGAAGCCCCCUCACUAGAUGAAAAUCUACCCGUGCUUUAACCGUCUGUGUUCAGAUACGUUCACCCGAGUGACCUGCGGACUUACCGGUAGUACUAAAGGGCUGGUAGUGUAGACCCAGGUGAUUUUCAAGGUAAAAAGACAUUGUGUGGACAUAUACAGCCAGCCCGUUUGAUUCCCGGAUCAUGUCAGGAGUCCAGUGCAUGUGUGAAAGGGACUAUAGUAAACUUAACCAGACUUUUUGAUUGAAACUCUAUAAGGAACACUGCAUGAAGAGGGAUAUUCAUAUGUAUAUGUCUAACUUUUUCAAAGAAUGUGCUCUUACAUUUCUGAAGUUUGUAAAUUGGAGUAAGAACAAUGUCUCUUUACUGUUAGUGGUCAUGUCUGAUUUCACACACACACACACACACACACACACACACACAAACACACACACACACACACACACUCAAGCACUCAAGCACUCAAGCAUUUUGUUGUUGAUAUUGUCAAUUGUGUCUUUUCAGUAUCAAGUACGGUAAUAAUUCAUGACUUUUUAUUUACAAAAAAAACUCUUCCUCAUUUUUUUAAUUGUAAUUAUGUUUUUCACAAUAUUUUUUGUAUAGAAUGUUUUGGGGGAUGAGAUUUAUACUGUUUUAGUUGUUUUAUUGUAAUGUAGAUUUCUAUGCAAGCUGUGACACACAAAAGGGAUUUUAAGCAUUCACUGUGUGUGGAUGUAUAUUAAAUAAACUCAUGGUAUGGUAGGAUUUGGAAUUUCAGUCAUGUAUCUGUAAAACCAAUGACCUAUAGACACAAAAAAGUGCAGUAGUUGCACAGCAACUGCAACAGUCAUGGAACAUUGUAAUAUUUAUAAACAGAUGUGCCUAGAUCAUGGAUAAGGAUGUACUUUGGAUGUAGAUUUUAUAUUCUAGGGCUUUAUCACAUAACCAUCAAUUGUGUUGCUGAUUGUUAUUUGACAAAUUUGUUAUUUUUGAUAGUGAUAUAGAUGACCUGGAUGUCAGACAUAUUUGUAUUAUAUAACAAGUAGUUGCCACAUCAAAAUCACAGCAUUCAGAGGAUCUGCUGUGUGGUUGGUCUGGUGCAAAAACCAAGUGGGUGGGUAACAGAUGUGUCAUAUUAGUGAUGUGUGAGGUUGUUUUUGUUCUGCAAUGUUUGGGAAUUAAAUUGUCCCUUUC